AAUGGCCGAAUCAAAAUGGCUGCAGAAAAGGCCGCGGGAGGAGCUGCUGGCUGCGGCACCGGCAGCGCUAAAGCCGUGGAGCGUGUUCUACCUAUGCUGUUGGUGCCGGUUCCUGUGGAGGCAACGGGGCGGCUGGGAUCCCGGGCGCAGUUGCACAGAGAGCAGGAGGUUCUGGGGAGCCUAACAGCUGCAGGCAGCCUGCAAGUGCUUUCCUUGGCGCCGGGCGGCCGGAGCGGGGGUACCUGCUGCCUCACUGGCCCCUUUCGGCACUUUGUAUGGGAGGAUUCUCGUAACAGCAGCUCACCAACAGACAAGCCCAAACUGCUUGCUCUUAGUGAAAAUUAUGAACUGUUUAUCUAUGAAUUUAAUUUGAAAGAUGGAAGAUGUGAUGCAACCAUUUUGUAUAGCUGUAGCGAGGAGACAUUGAAAAAGCUCAUUGAAGAUCAAAAUAUCAGUGCUUCCUUAUUAUCUUUGAGAAUUCUGUCAUUUCAAAAUAACAAAUCACUGUUGUUCAUCAACAAAUGUAUUGUCCUACACCUUGUAUUUCCUGAAAGAGAUGCUGAGAUUGGAGUACUCAACUGUUUCACGUUACCCUUGCCUCCACAGGCAGUGGACAGGAUUAUUGACACACAGCUCUGCAGAGGAAUUCUUUUUGUUUUGAGUAGUUUAGGAUGGAUCUACAUCUUUGACACAGUGGACGGUACACAUGUAGCUCAUGUGGAUUUAGCACUUGUCCAGGAAGAUAUGUGUAAUGAGCAGAGACAGGAGCCAGCCAAGAUUUCUUCCUUUACUUCACUGAAAGUGUCUCAAGACCUAGAUGUUGUAGUGGUUGUCAGCUCCUCCAACUCUGCAGUCGCUCUUAACUUCGAUUUGUAUUUCAGGCAACACCCAGGACACCUACUAUGUGAAAGAACUCUAGAAGACAUUCCUAUUGAAGGCCCUAAGGGGAUAGAUGAAGAUGAUCCUGUUAAUUCUGACUACAACAUGAAACUGACCAAGUUUUCCUUUCAAGUUGAUAGGUCUUGGAAAGCCCAGCUAUCAUCAUUGAAUGAAACAAUAAAGAGCUCCAAACUGGAGGUUUCCUACUGUGCUCCAUGGUUCCAGGAUAUUUUGCAUUUGGAGUCCCCUGAAUCUGGUAACCACAGUACCAGUAUGCCAGGCUGGGCCUUCAUUCCACAGGACAUAAUGCACAGCCACUAUAAGUUUCCACAGAAGGAUCAUGCCAACACCAGUGACCCAGGGAGAUCAUGGAAAAUCAUGAACAUUAGUGAACAAGAGGAACCUGUUGAGCUUACAUGUAUGUCUGUGACAGGAUUCAGUGCACUGUUUACUUGGGCAGUGGAAAGGAUGGGCUGCACCAUUGUCCUUUGGGAUUUGGAGACCCAGGGUAUGCAGUGUUUCUCCCUUGACAAAAAGUGUAUUCCUAUAGACACUAGUGGAGACCAGCAGCUGUGCCUUGUUUUGACAGAAAAUGGACUCUCUCUGAUUUUGUUUGGAUUGACUCAGGAGGAAUUUUUAAAUAGACUAAUGAUCCAUGGAAGUGCCAGCAUUGUGGACUCUCUUUGCCAUCUCAAUGGUUGGGAGAGGUGCUCAAUCCCCAUACAUGUGCUGGAGGCUGGGAUAGAAAAUCGUCAGCUGGACACAGUAGAUUUCUUUUUGAAAAGCAAAGAAAAUCUUUUGAAUCCAUCCUCAAAAUCUUCUGUACCUGAUCAGCUUGAUGACUUUCCAUCUCAUUUGUAUUUAAGAAAUGUGGAAAAGCUGACACCAGCAUUGGAUUUACUUUGCUCAGCAAUUAGAGAAAGUGAUUCUGAAACCCAUAGCAAACACUUUUCAGAACAGUUGCUUAAUCUUACACUGUCUUUUCUUAACAAACAAAUAAAAGAGCUUUUUGUUCACAAUGAAGAACUAGAUGAACAUCUACAGAAAGGAGUGAACAUUUUGACCAGCUACAUUAAUGAACUUCGAACCUUCAUGAUAAAGUUUCCUUGGAAGAUAAUAGAUACAGGAGAUGAGUAUGACGUAAAUGAAAAUGUUCCCAAAGUAAGAGAGAGCAAUAUAUGGGAGAAACUCAGCGUUGAGGAAGUUAUUGCCAAUGCUAUUUUAAACAACAAAAUACCAGAGGCACAGACUUUCUUCAGGAUUAGCAAUCAUUCUGCUCAAAGACUUGAGGAGCUGAUUAGAAUAGGCCUAAAUUUGGUCUUUGACAACUUGAAAAAGAACAAUAUAAAGGAAGCCUCUGAACUUUUGAAGAACAUGGGCUUUGAUGUAAAAGACCAGUUGCUCAAGAUAUGCUUCUAUACAACUGAUACAAAUAUACGGGACUUUUUGGUUGAAAUUUUAAAAGAAAAAAAUUAUUUUUCUGAAAAUGAAAAAAGAACUAUAGACUUCGUGCAUCAAGUUGAGAAGUUUUAUUCAGGACAUUUCCAAGAAAAUAUGCAGAUCCAGUCCUUUGCCAGGUAUUGGAUAAAGGAACGGGAUUUUUUCAAGCACAAAUCUGUUUUGGACUCACUCCUGAAAUAUGAUCCUAAAGAUAAAUUUAACAAACAGGACCAUAGAGUUGUGUUAAAUUGGGCUCAAUGGUGGACUCAACUAACACAAGAAUCCAUCCUUCUCCCCAGGAUAAGUCCAGAAGAAUACAAAUCGUAUUCUCCUGAAGCCCUCUGGAGCUAUGUCACAGCUCGCCAUGACUGGUCAAGCAUUAUCUUGUGGAUUGGAGAAUUUCAGACUCAGAACAGUUGUGCUUCGCUUGAGCAGAACAGAUGGCCCCUUCUGACUGUUGAUGUUAUCGAUCGGCAUACUUGCUGCAACAGCUACAUGAGGAAUGAAAUUUUAGAUCAGCUGGCCAGGAAUGGGAUUUUUCUUAAGUCUGAACUAGAAGACUUUGAACUCUUCCUGCUAAGACUGAACCGCAUUGGGGGUGUGAUGCAAGAUGCUCUCCCCAUUCAAAACUACAGAUCCAAAGAAGGUUGGGAUUUCCAUUCUCACUUCAUUCUCUAUUGUUUGGAACACGGUCUGCAGUAUCUUCUCUAUGUCUAUCUUGACUGUUACAAACUUAGUCCUUCAAAUUGUCCCUUUUUGGAAAAAAAAGAACUACAUGAAGCUUACCCUUGGUUUGAAUUUUUAGUUCAGUGUCGACAAGUUUCCAGUAAUUUAACAGAUCCCAAACUGAUCUUCCAGGCUAGCCUUGCAAAUGCUCAGAUACUGAUUCCCAGCAACCAGGCCAGUAUAAGCAGUAUGCUAUUGGAAGGACAUACCCUCCUGGCCCUUGCUACGACAAUGUAUGCCCCUGGGGGUGUCAGCCAGGUUGUUCAGAAUGAUGAAAAUGAGACCUGUUUGAAGAAAGUAGAUCCCCAGUUACUGAAGAUGGCAUUAACUCCUUAUCCCAAGCUAAAAACUGCUCUCUUCCCACAAUACACUGCCUCUAAUGUCCUGCCACCCGAUAUUACGCUUUACCACCUUAUUCAGUCACUGUUGCCCUUUGACCCUAGCAGAUUGUUUGGCUGGCAGUCUGCCAACACACUGGCUGUAGGAGACGCAGUGAGUCAUCUACCACAUUUUUCUAGCCCUGACCUAGUUAAUAAAUAUGCUAUAGUGGAACGUCUGAAUUUUGCAUAUUAUUUACAACAUGGCCGGCCAUCAUUUGCAUUUGGUACUUUUCUGGUCCAGGAAUUAACCAAGAGCAAGACUCCCAAGCAGCUGAUCCAGCAAGUAGGCAAUGAAGCCUAUGUUUUAGGGCUCUCCUCCUUCUACAUACCUUCAGUAGGAGCUGCCUGUGUUUGUUUCUUAGAACUGCUUGGCCUCGACAGCCUCAAGCUCAGAGUUGAUAUGAAAGUGGCCAAUAUCAUUUUGAGCUACAAGUGUAGAAACGAAGAUGCUCAGUACAGCUGUAUCAGAGAGUCUCUAGCUGAAAAACUGUCUAAACUGGCUGUGGGUGAAAAGGCCACCAUAGAGGAAUUGCUUAUCCUCUUAGAAGAAGGUAUAUGGAACAGCAUUCAGCAGCAGGAAAUAAAGAGGUUAUCUAGUGAAUCUAGCAGCCAGUGGGCAUUAGCAGUACAGUUCUGCAGGCUUCACAAUGUGAAACUGAGCACGUCUUACCUCAGAGAAUGUGCCAAAGCAAACGAUUGGUUACAGUUCAUUAUUCACAGCCAACUCCAUAACUAUCACCCAGAGGAGGUGAAAUCUCUUCUUCAGUAUUUCAGUCCUGUCCUUCAAGACCACUUAAGACUGGCUUUUGAGAACUUGACCUCAGUGUCUAACUCCAGAAUGGACAGUGAUCAAGUCUGUAGCAGGGCCCCCCAGGAACUCCAGAGAAACAAAGAAGAGAUGGCUGAUUUUUUUGAAGUUCUGCUCCAGUGCUCAGAGGAGCCAAACUCCUGGUGCUGGCUCCUAGCUGAAGCAGUGAAACAACAAGCCCCUAUCCUUAGUGUCCUGGCCUCAUGUCUCCAGGAUGCCAGUACUGUUCCUUGUCUCUGUGUUUGGAUCAUCACGUCUGUGGAGGACAGUGUUGCAGCUGAAGCAACAGAACACAUUCGGGGCUCAAUGGAAGAAUACACGUGGGACCUUCAAGACCUCUCAGUCAUCUGGAGAACAUUAUUAACAAAGCAGAAGAGCAAAACUCUCAUCAGAGGUUUCCAACUUUUCUUUAAGGAUUCCCCACUACUGUUGAUGAUGGAGAUGUAUGAACUGUGUAUGUUCUUCAAGAAUUAUAAGGAAGCUGAAGCGAAACUUCUGGAGUUCCAAAAGAGCUUUGAAACUGUAAGUUGGAACCCUACUGCUCUUUGUCCAGAUGUGAAGAAGCUCUGUGUCCUUAGCCAAAUUUUAAAGGACACAUCCAUAGCCAUUAAUCAUGGAAUUAUUAGCGGCUACAGCCUUGAGAAUUUUCAGCAUGAAUGUAGAUCUAUUUUGGAAAAACUGGAGACAGAGGGACAGUUUGCUUUGGCCAGAAGGGUAGCAGAAUUAGCAGAACUACCUGUGGACAACUUGGUUAUUGAGGAGAUAACACGGGAAAUGCAGACUUUAAAACACACUGGCCAGUGGUCCCUGAAACAAGCAAGAAUUGACUUCUGGAAAAAAUGUCACGAGAGUUUUCAGAAAAAUUCCAUUUCAAGCAGAGCAGCUUCUUCCUUUUUCUCAGCUCAGGCCCCGGAGGCGCCUGAGCCCGCAGCUGAGGAGGGCUGGAGUCGCGCGGGGGAGCGGCAGCUGCUGCUCACGCUGGCUGCGCACUGGCUGGCUCAGGAGGGCCUGGGGCCUGUGGACGAGCUGGAGGAGCUGGAGAAGCAGAUCUGGCUCUGCCGCAUCACCCAGCACACCCUCAGAGAAAAACAGGAAACAGAGCCCAGGUUUUCGCAGCACAUCUCAACUAGUGGGGAACUUUCCUUUGAUAGCGUAGCCAGUAAGUUUUCACUCUCCAUGUUGGCUGCUCUGAACACAUCAAAAUACUUGGAAAUUAAUGGCCUUCCAUCCAAAGAGACUUGUGAGAACAGGCUGGAUUGGAAGGGGCAUGAGUCACUGGACUUUCUGAUUGGGCGCCUGUUGGAUGAUGGCUGUGUGCACGAAGCAAGUAGAGUAUGUCGGUAUUUUCAUUUCUACAACCAAGAUGUCGCCUUGGUGUUGCACUGCAGAGCACUGGCCUCAGGGGAAGCUAGUGUGGAUGACCUGCGCCCAGAGAUCCAUGCUCUCCUACAAAGUGCCGAGCGGCUUGAGGAAGAAGAACCUGGCAUUCCACUAAGGAAAGUCCAGAGCACUUCAAGUUUGGAUAGUCAAACGUUUGUGAUGCUGCCCCCCUGUGAUGAAGUGGUGACUAAUCUGGAAACUCUGACAAGCAAAUGCCUUCAUGGGAAGAGCUACUGCCGGCAGGUCCUGUGUCUGUAUGAACUUGCCAAGGAGCUGGGCUGUCCCUACACAGACGUGGCCGCUCAGGACGGCGAGGCCGUGCUCCGGGCGGUUUUGGCCUCUCAGUGGCCUGACAGAUGCAAGCGCGCCCAGGCUUUCCUCAGCACCCAGGGCCUCGAGCCAGACACGGUGGCUGAACUUGUGGCUGAAGAGGUGACCCGGGAGCUGCUGACUCCAUCGGAGGGAACAGGACAGAAGCAGAUGUUCACCCCAGCAGAGGAAAGCCAGACAUUUCUUCAGCUGACCACGCUGUGUCAAGACCGCACAUUGGUGGGCAUGAAGUUGUUGGACAAGAUUUCCUCCGUUCCCCAUGGGGAACUGUCUUGCACCACGGAGCUGCUGAUCCUGGCCCAUCACUGCUUCACACUGACAUGCCACAUGGAGGGCAUCAUCCGGGUCCUGCAAGCUGCCCGGCUGCUCACGGACAAACACUUGGCCCCCAAUGAAGAGUACGGGCUGAUGGUGCGUCUCCUCACUGGCAUGGGAAGGUACAACGAGAUGACCUACAUAUUUGACUUGCUGCAUAAAAAGCACUACUUUGAAGUGCUGAUGAGGAAGAAGUUGGAUCCGAGCGGCACCCUGAAGACGGCCCUCCUGGACUACAUCAAACGUUGCCGCCCCGGGGACAGCGAGAAGCACAACAUGAUUGCUCUGUGCUUCAGCAUGUGUCGGGAGAUCGGGGAGAACCACGAGGCAGCUGCCUGCAUCCAACUGAAAUUGAUCGAGUCCCAGCCCUGGGAGGACAGCCUCAAGGACGGGCACCACCUGAAGCAGCUGCUGCUGAAAGCCCUGACUCUGAUGCUGGAUGCGGCGGAAAGUUACGCCAAGGACUCCUGUGUGCGACAGGCCCUGCACUGUCACCGGCUCACCAAGUUGAUAACACUGCAGAUUCACUUUCUGAACACGGGCCAGAACACGAUGCUCAUCAACCUGGGCCGCCACCAGCUGAUGGACUGUCUCAUCGCUCUACCUCGCUUCUACCAGGCUUCUAUUGUGGCCGAGGCCUAUGACUUUGUUCCUGAUUGGGCAGAAAUCCUCUACCAACAAGUGAUUCUUAAAGGAGACUUUAAUUACCUGGAAGAAUUUAAGCAGCAAAGGUUAUUAAGAUCUAGUAUAUUUGAAGAGAUUUCCACAAAAUGUAAACGGCAGCAGCCGGCAGACACAGCUGUGAAAAACCUGAAGAAGCUACUCACAUACUGUGAAGACGUCUACCUGUAUUACACGCUCGCGUAUGAACACAAAUUUUAUGACAUUGUAAAUGUGCUGCUGAAGGACCCUCAGACUGGCUGCUGUCUGAAGGACAUGCUAGCAGGUUAGGUGGGUUCAGAUGAGAGGAGGGUGGGUAUCGCCGAGAUGACCUGGGUGCCUGCUGUCUUGUACUGAGAUGAGCUGCCGACAGACGUUUGCGAUCAGAGUAGAAUAAUGCGUCGGGGAUAUUUGUCUUCAAGUUGUAAAACCCCGGGACUGACCAUAACCAGUCCUUUGUGAAUAGUGGGUAAAGAAUUAGAGAAUUUUCACAAGGAAAUUAUUUAAAAGUGCUUGUUCAUCUAUGCCACUUUAUAUAGGUAUUGGUAUUAAGAUCAAAAGCUCCAUCUUCCUGAAGGCUGGCUUCUGUUUAGAGAUACAGUAUUGAUUAAAGAAUACCUGUGCCUACAGAUUCCAGUUUCAAAGGAAUUUAAUAUUAUUUACACAGUUAAGGAACAGAUGAUACAUUUCCAUUUGUUAGAAACUGAUCUCUAUAAUAAAAUAGAUUUUAAAUUCA